AUGGAAACACGUAAUGAAAAUACAUUGAACACCGAGGAUGCUGACUCGAGGAUUUCUCUGUCGCCGCGAGCGGAACGGCCCGACAUCAAUGAACCACAGCAACAACAGAGGUCGUCUAUGAACGUAAACAGACGCACGAUAAAACGACAUAACAGACCAAAGAGAGUUUCCAAUCACGAAUACAACGUUCUCUGUCGUUACUGUUUACUUAUUUAG